UUUUGGUUAUACUAUGAGUACGUGGCACGAGGGACCGUUUUUUUUAYCGGGAAGGGGGGCAUUUAUUUCUUUAUUUGUAAUCAAUUACCUUACACAGUGAAGUUGCGACCUCGUCCUUGCUUUUGCUUUGCUUUUUAAUGCUUUCUUUCCAUCAAUUUUUUCUACACGGCAACAACCGCCGUUUUUUGGAGGUAUUUUAUCGCUACUCAAUUUUCACCAGUCUGCAUCGCAUUGCAUCAUGGGAAAUUUAAGGAAUGUUUGACAGGGUAUAUGGCCAACCUCAUGUUCUUAUACUUUUUUCUCAAAAUAGAGCCACUCGAGCUUACUAACAAAAUAUCAGCCUCGUAGCAUUCUCCAUGAGCCGCAUAUUCGAAAAAAUGGCAAAGUAGCUACUGGCCGUCCAUUUAUUUACGAGAUCACAGGAUAAUCGCUCCAAAAAUUCUAAAAUGUACCGGGUACAAACUUUUGACACUAAMAUCCCCGUCAUACUUUAGUUCUUCUAGAUACUGUAAUGCUGAUUGUGCUAUCAUAUAAGGCUUCAUGAUGCCCUCAAGCACUCCAUAGAUGGACAAAAUGGCUAUCAAAAUGUCCAGUUUUCGAAAUACCUCCAAAUUGAGYUGCCGUGCAUGGUAGAAGAAAAAUUUCUUCGCUAGUAUAUCACACCACGAACUUUAUACCUCAUUUGCUUAAAACACAGGCAAUGUCAAUCUAAAUUCCAAAUAUGGUUUUGCUAGGGCUUGCAAUACGUUUUCUACGUCCAGCAAACUGAACACAAAAAACACCUUUAAUGAAAAUGCCCAGGGGUCAAAGGGUUGAAGUACCCCUCAUCCCCAGUCAUGUCCAAUACUGUCGAACUGAAACGGAUCGUCAGUGUGGCUCACGAUCCGUACGAUUCGUGAAAGUCAUUCAUAUGCAUAUCAUCAGUUGUGUGCACUUAAUCUUUCACGGUAACCCUGUCAAGCGUGAAGUGCUCUUGUCACCGUCUGUGUAAAAUGUUUAUGGUCAUCCUUUGGUAGUUCCAAUGAUCCGUACGGAUCGUACCAUCCUUGCAUCUAAUUAUCCAUUCGUACGAUUCGUGAUCUCAAGUCAAAAUCACAAUCAAAUCCUUUGCAAUGUAAAGUAAAUUUUGGUUUUGCAGGCCCGUUGCUAGUUAUCGGAUAUGCUCCUCGUAUCUCUUAUGGGUAAAGUCAACCAUUUGGUAUUUUUUCUAAAGUUUUCAAGUAAAAAGAAAACUCCAGUCCCUGUGAAUAAAGAGUAAGGCAACAAGUUGUUUUUCACUCUUAUGCAUGCCCAGUCUGCUAUGUUCCUACUUCAUCAUGAAUGCUCGCGCCUAGCCCAUCGAAUCGAAUAAUUACGGAUCGAACGGAUCGUACGAAUAGAACCAACUGAUAAUUAUAUGCACCGAUUGUGAGAGAAUKAUAAGGACUGGGCUCCCURUGGAGGGAGUUUGAGUGACAUGUGAGAGAAGAGMCGUGAGAGCACGAGAGAUGUGUUUGGARAAAAGGAUGUUGUGAGAGAGAAUCGGAAUUGUAAAGAGGAUAAACUCGUUAUUUGGAUUAAAUCUUAAAGCAGGAGUUGGAGACUAUAUUCAUAAAUUAUCGUACAUGGUCCUUCGAGCCGGAUUGUUGAAUUAUGGCGACAAAGAAGGAAAAAAUUAGACAAGGGCACCGAUUAGUGGUGAGGAAUUUGAAAGACACAGYGGAGACGACACUCGUGGAGCAUAGCCAAAAUGACCAGAUCAUCAAGUUAAAUCAAUUGAAAAGAACUCUWGAGGACAAGAUUACGAAGCUGAACGAAUUGGACGACGAAAUCUUGGAGAAAAUUGAGAAUGAAAGUGAAAUAUUUACCGAGAUCGCCGAGGCGGGAAAAUUCACCGAAUUAAUUCAUGAGCUACAAGCCAAAAUAGAUGCAACACUUUCAUCGAAAGAAACUACAGCACCGAGCGGAUCUGCUAACUCUACACCAACCAGUUCUACAGCAACCAAACUUCCCAAGCUAGUUUUGAAGAAAUUUCGAGGAGAGCCAACUGAAUGGCAAUCGUUUUGGGAUAGUUUCAAGAGCGCCGUACACGACAAUGGCGGGCUGUCAAACAUCGACAAAUUCAACUACUUGAAAGGGUUGGUGGAAGGGAAAGCUGARUCUACAAUUUCCGGACUUCAACUGACUGAAGGAAAUUACCAAACAGCUAUAGACCUACUACAACGACGUUUUGGAGACAAACAGACAAUAAUAAGCAGUCAUAUGGAUUAUUUAUUGAAAAUUCMUCCGCUUAAUUCAUCGACCGACGUAAACAAGCUCAGACAAACCUACGAACAGAUCGAAACGCACGUGCGCGGCUUGAAAGCACUAGACGUACCUACUUCAUCUUAUGGAGCAUUGCUCGUUCCUGUCAUCGUAAGGAAAUUACCAGAAGAAGUAAAAUUGAAUAUCAGUCGACAAAUUAAAGGGACUUGGGAGUUAGAUCCAUUGCUGACAUUGUUGAGAGAGGAAGUGGAAAAUCSGGAACGGUGUGCUGGAGUUCAGGCUUCCGGACAACGGAGUGAAUCGAACUCAAGAARAUCUUCAUUUACCUGGGGGAAAAGUAGUCCCACAACAGCAGCCACAUUGUUUACGAGUGAAACGACAAGAUCAAUAACAUGUUCUUAUUGUAGAGGAGAACAUGCUUCAGCUACUUGCCAUGUAGUUACUGAUAAAGCAAAAAGGAGACAAGAAUUACGUAAACAAGGACGCUGCUUCAGGUGUCUGAAGAAAGAUCAUGUUGCCAAGGAU